AUGUAUUGCCAUGCAGCGAACAUCUUGGCCUCUAAGGUUCUUGUGUCAUGCCCGACCUUCUGCAUAAGCAGCUGCAGACGUGACGCUUCGAAGAGUCCACCGAGACUCUCUCUUGACCUGGUCACCACCGACGGAUCAGAUACUCUGACCUCGAACCUACCUAAGCUCCUGACGCUUUCCGGAGAGUUCGGACAGGACAUCUUGGUCUUAUAUAACAUACAAGAAGCAAGGACUGAUCACAACGCAUUUGUCUCUCGGAUACCACCCCCGGCCGGGCGGGCGCCCAAGAGUCCCCUCUUCUCCUUGGCACCCACCACCACCACCACUACCACUACCACUACCACGACGACGACGACGACGACGACGACGAGGAUGAACACCCCAGCCGACGCGCUCGUCCUGGCGCAGGACGCGCUCUCCGUCGCCGUGACGGCCGUGACGGCCGCCCGCGCCGCCCACGCCCGCGCCGCGAGCCGGCUGUCGUCGCUGCGCGCCCAACUGGCCCGGCACGAGCAGUCGUCCGCCGCGUCCGCCGCCGCCCGGCGCGCCGCCGCUCUCGGUCGCGGUCGCGGUCGCGGUCGCGGUCGUGGCGGUCGUGGUCGUGGUUGUGGCGGUCGUGGCGGUGGUGGUAGCGAGGGGUGCGGCGACUGGCGCGCGGCGGCGGCAGCGGCGUGCGAGGAGCGGGAGCGGACGGAGGCGCUGCGCGGGCUGGUGCGGGACGCGGCGGCGGAGGAGCGGGCGCGCGGCGCCGAGAUGCAGGUCGCGGAGCGCACGCUCGCGCGGGCGUGGGCGCUGCUCCGGGCCGUCGUCGCUGGGCCCUCCUGGUGGGUGGACAUGGUCGUGGACGUGGGCAUGGGGAGGACGGAGGUGGAGAAGGGGAUGGGGAUGAUGGCCGUGGACGGCGGCGAUGGCCCUGCUGCUGGUGCUGCUGCGGGUGCUGGUGCUGGUGCUGGUGCUGGUGCUGCUCGGACGAGUCAGGGGCAACAGGGGGGAGAGGAGAGCGAGGAGGGGCGACCGGCCGGGCUGCGGCAACGGUGCCGGCAACAGCAACAACGGCAGCGCCGGCCGGGGGCGUUGCUGGGAGGUACGGGCGGCGGGGGUGUUGGGGAUCGUGCCCGCGAGCAAGUGGCUGUGGGAGAUGCGCCUCGUCCCCUUCCGGACCGUGGUGAUGAUGAUGAUGGGCUCGUGGGUUGGAGGGACGGACGGACGGUGCUGGAUGGAGAUCAGUACCGUGCUCGACAGGGGAUUCGGGACGACUUUGUGCGGCUGGUGCGGGAGCGAGCCGAGCAGUCGACGAGCGCCGAGGAGGCGAGAGCCAAAGGCGAAGUCGCCUCUGCCGACAACGCGACGAGAUUGUGGUGGGAGGCCGAGGACGGAGAUGAGGACUGGACUGAUGACGAAAUCUUUAUCCCCGCGAUACUGCCCCGUCGGACAGCGAUACGACGGGAAGGCAGGAGGGAACACAAAGGAGAGCCCUUAUAUUUAAUAGACCGACCUUGA